AGCGCAGUGAAAAGAGGUUGCGGUCAUUAUGGUGCAUCUAUGCCAGGUUUCUGCAUAGUUAGGCCUAUCUGAAAUAGGCAAUAUUCGAAUAUAACCACGAAUAUAACAUAUUUCAGUUUUCGGUAGCCGACACGGUGGAACAUUUAUAAUACAUGACCUUGCAUUGAAUGUCACAAUAAAAGGACCUUUAUCCGUCGACACGGGUACUUCAGAUACCGACAGCGAAGAUGGAGAUUGCCACACACCUGAUAAAUGACACCAUUAAUUUAUAUAAAUGGGCCCUAACCAUCGCAGACAAGCGAGUGGAGAAAUGGCCCCUGAUGGACAACCCUCUGCCCACGCUGGCCAUCAGCUCCUCCUACCUGCUCUUCCUCUGGCUGGGGCCCAAGUACAUGCAGAACAGAGAACCCUUCCAGCUUAAGAAAACACUGAUCGUCUACAACUUCAGCAUGGUCAUCUUCAACUUCUUCAUCUGCAAAGAGCUCUUUCUUGCCGCACGGGCUGCAGGCUACAGCUACAUUUGCCAGUCUGUCGACUACUCAGACGACCCCAACGAAGUCAGGAUAGCAGCAGCAUUGUGGUGGUACUUCAUCUCUAAGGGAGUGGAGUAUCUGGACACGGUGUUCUUCAUCCUGAGGAAGAAGUUCAACCAGGUCAGCUUCCUCCACGUCUACCACCACUGCACCAUGUUCACCCUCUGGUGGAUCGGUAUCAAGUGGGUGGCCGGCGGACAGUCGUUCUUCGGUGCACAUAUGAAUGCAGCCAUUCACGUCCUUAUGUACCUUUACUAUGGACUCGCUUCCUGUGGACCCAAGAUCCAGAAGUACCUGUGGUGGAAAAAGUAUCUGACUAUCAUCCAAAUGAUCCAGUUUCACGUCACCAUUGGCCACACGGCCCUGUCCCUCUACACGGACUGUGCCUUCCCCCACUGGAUGCACUACGCCCUCAUUGGCUACGCCCUCACCUUCAUUGCCCUGUUCGGUAACUUCUACUACCAGACCUACCGCCGCACUCCUCGCCAGCCCAGGGAGCCCAAGGGCGCCAGGGCCCUCCCCAUCUCCAACGGGUUCUCCAACGGAGCGGUGGCUGGGGGCCGGGUGGAGGAGAAGGAGAGGCUGUCGGCGUUGGAGAACGGCAACGGGAGGAGGAAGAGGAAGGGGAGGGCAAAGAGGGAGUAGAGGGAGUUUCAGAGGCAGGCGCCCGGAUCUCCUCACGUGUCCCAAAUGGCACUCCGUUUCGUCGUUUCGGCACUUCUGACCGGGGUCAAUAUUGCGCCAUUUGGGACACAGCCCCAGGAGGACGGCAGACUGACAAGGAGGGAGGAGGCGCUGGGAGGUCUUAGGGCAGGAGUGGACAAGGUGAAAGAGGAGGCGUGCAGGAGCAGGUUAAGAGUUGGAGGCGCAGGUAGAAUUAGUAGCCUGGUCCCACAUCUGUUUGUGCUGUUUUUAUGUUUAUUUUAAGAUCUUUUUGUUCUGGCAUUUUUAUGCUUUUGUUGACAGGAAAGUUGUGAAAGAGUUUUCUUUGCUGAAAGAGCAGUGGGCCUGAGUCAAACCCACGCUGCCGUGAUUUGGAGGGCUUGUCGUUCACCCAACAUUGUGCCCCUUUGCAGCAAAAAAAGAAACCUUGACACAACCAGGCUACAGUAGGAGGUGACCGUCACCGCCACUCUGACAACUCUGUGGAUGACCGCGAGAUAGUGUGCUGGGAGAUCUGGAGCGCUAAAUCUUUCUGAUCUUUGCCAUCGCAUAUAUUUCUUUGAGAGGAGAGAGCGUUGUAGUGGUUGAAUUGACAUGCUCCAGACAUUCGAUGAUGGUUCUUGUUUUUGUAAGCCAGGCUAAGCUAACAUGGCCAUGCUUACUGUCAAGUGGACACGCCCUGGUGAAAUGCAAGCUCAGAUUCAUCCAGUUACAACAUGUCAACUGUACAAUAACAUUUGAGUAAUUUAGCAGACGGUCAUGUCCAGAUCGAGCCACAGGGACAACAUUAGGGGUUACUGCCUUGCUCAGAGGUCAGAAUGACAGAUUUUUCAGCCUGCUGGCUUUGUCGCGCACUCCAACAACCUUUUUAAGUGGUCCGAUCUUCUACUCAUUAGGCGUUAUGCCAACACAUAAUUGUGUUAUUCAGUUGUAUUGUUAUUGACAGCACUGUCCACCGUUCAUUAGCAUCUGUCAUUGUGUUACGUCAUUUUUUGUACCCCGGAGAACGCCGAAACAUAUAACCAGAAAGAAAAAAAGUUUAAUGUUUGCCUGUCUUUCGUUUACUGUAAUGUCCUGGUUGCCUCUACAUAUCACGACCUGUCUUACUGGGUGAGCAAAGCUAACUAGACAUAAUAUGCGAGCGGCAAAGACGCCGCCAUCUGAUAGGGCAAAUUAACAGUUGUCAACUGGGAUGUUCAACAGGUAUGAUAUUUAUACAGUAUGAACAGGGACCGUAAAGGACACGCUCUGUCUGCAUUACUGUGAUACGUUUAGAGUACAAAACAAUGCAGCUCUUGUCCGCUCUGUAUCCGCACACAAACGAUGUAUCAAGUGGUGUAAUUAAACAUUAUUUGUUGUUUUUAUUUAUUUAUUGUUUCUAUUUAAAAUGUAAAUACAUUACUUUAUUUCUGAAUUGUCUGUGCUUAUGUGUUCUUGGGAUUUAUUUAUUUUUUGUUAGGUUCUGUAAAUAUACACUGUGUAAUUUUGUACAUUGUGCGGUUUCGAAAAGUACAUAGCAGCUUGCAAUGAACUGACCGAAUUUCUGUCCAGAAACAGCCUGUGUGUUCUUUUUUAAAUUAUCAUGACUUAUUUAAACUAUCAUGGAUAAAAAUAAACAGAAUGCCUGGACAUAAA